AUGACCAGCCCCGUGGCACUUGCAUUGGCAGUCGCAGUGCUUGCGUAUGCUCUCAUGCGACUCUCCGGGCGGAGGCGCCUGCCCUAUCUUCCUGGUCCGAAGCCGCUCCCUGUACUCGGUAAUUUGCUCCAAAUGCCUACCGAGAGGGAGUGGUUAGUGUUCGCAGAAUGGGCUAUGACCUAUGGCGAUUGUAUACACCUCACGAUUCUGGGGCAGUCUAUCGUGGUACUCAAUAGCUUCGAGGCAGCAUCGGACUUGCUGGAGAAGCGGUCGGCUGCAUAUUCCAGUCGACCGAGACUAGUCAUGGCUGGCGAACUAGUCGGUUUUGCCCGAGCAAUGGCCUUAAUGCCGUACACCGAGCGGUUUCGCCAGCUGCGGCGCAUGAUGCAGAAGGAGCUCACCGGAGCGGCGUUGCAAAAGUAUUGGCCUCUUCACGAGCAUGACAGCCGACACCUUGUCCUCAGGGUCGUGCAGCGUCCUACGGACAUCGCGAAGCUCGUCCGACAUUACGCCGGGUCAGUGAUUCUCAAGGUUACCUACGGCUAUCAAACCGAGCCAGAGAACGACCCCUUCCUGGUCCUGGCUGAGAAGGUUAUGGGAGCUUUUUCCGUUGCAUCGAAACCGGGAAACUGGCUGGUCGAUUUCAUUACAUGGCUGCGCCAUCUGCCCGACUGGGUUCCCGGCACUCGUUUCAAGCAAGUCGCUCGGGAAUUAUCUGACCUCCACAUGCAGGUCAUAGAAGGCCCUUAUAACUGGGCUCUUCCGCGCCAGGACACCCCAGAAGUUAUCAAACCGAAUUUUGUGUCUACCGUCUUAGUCGACAAAGCUGGUUCCCUCACAGCGGAGGAUAAUGAGAUCCUACUGUGGUCAUCUGCUUCCCUCUUCGGAGGCGGCGCUGAUACGACCGUCUCUGCCAUCACGUCUUUCUACCUGGCCAUGGCGCUAUAUCCCGAAGUCCAAGCGAAAGGGAGAGCUGAGAUCGACAGGGUGAUCGGAACGCAACGGCUCCCCCAGCUUACUGAUCAGCGGGAUCUGCCAUACGUCGAGGCGAUCAUGCGCGAAGUGCUCAGGUGGAACCCUGUCGCACCUCUAGGUGUUCCUCAUCUGUCGACCCAGGAUGAUGUGUACAGGGAUAGGUUCAUACCGUCGGGUACUAUAGUCAUGCCGAAUAUUUGGGUUAUGCUUCACGACCCUGUUAUAUUCCCGAAUCCUCAUGAAUUCAAUCCUGACCGAUUCUUGGGCGACGAAGUCGCAGUGAAGCGCAGCUCGGUUGCCUUCGGUUUCGGACGGAGGGUGUGCCCGGGCAUGACUUUCGCGGAGAGCUCGGUGUUCAUUGCGAUCGCUACUGCACUUGCUACGUGCGAGAUGAGCGACGCUGUAGAUGAGCAUGGAACUCGGAUCUCCAGAGAAGUUACGUACAAGACGGGUACCAUCAGCCACCCACCGUCUUUUACCUGCCGCGUGACUGCUCGCUCCAAAAGUCAUGUAGAUCUGUUAGAGGCCUCUCUAGCAUAUUAG